UCAGGGGAAGUCACUCUUAUAACCUUACGUCAUGACAGAUUGUUUACAUUUCAAGACAGAGGUCGACGAUAUGGAACUCUUACGCAACUUAACGUUUUCGAUUAUUUAAAAUAUAUUUAAUGGCAAGUAACACGAAGAUUGCUGACGUUAAACUGACUGCGUUUCAGCAGAUGGUUUCGUCAUGCACAGGAGCUAUCAUCACAUCGAUUUUCGUAACCCCAUUGGAUGUGGUGAAGAUACGCCUGCAGGCCCAGCAGAAGCCCCAGGCCUUCACAAAGGGCCACUGCUACAACUACUGCAACGGGCUCAUGGACCACACCUGCGUGUGUAUCAACGGGAAUGACGCCAUCAAGAUGCCAACGUUUCAGCUGAAACAGCAUCUCAAACAGCAGUGGUACAAACGACCUGGAAACUUCAAUGGCACUGCUGAUGCGUUUAUCAAGAUAGCAAGAAAUGAAGGGAUUACCUCCCUGUGGAGUGGCCUUCCCCCUACCUUAGUGAUGGCUGUGCCAGCUACGGUGGUCUACUUUACGACGUACGAGCAGGUCAAGGGCUGGCUCGGGUUCACAUAUGGAUCUCAAACAACUGACUGGUGGAAACCACUCAUGGCCGGCGGUAGUGCUAGAGUAUUUGCUGUAACUGUGAUAAGCCCACUGGAGUUCAUCCGUACCAAGAUGCAGUCGGAACAGUCUACGUACACGAGGUUGUGGGAGUCGGUGAGGACCAUGGUGAGGCAGGAGGGUCCCGCCUCACUGUGGAGGGGAUGGGGUCCCACCAUCCUCAGGGAUGUCCCCUUCUCAGCACUUUACUGGGGUGUUUAUGAGACCUUGAAGUCCAGGGUGCUGAGAGACCAGGGCAGAGACAAGCUCAGCUUUGCUGAGAGUUUCUUAGCUGGGGCUAUGGCUGGAAGUGUUGCUGGAGUGUUUACCUUGCCAUUUGAUGUGAUAAAAACCCACCGUCAGAUUGAGCUGGGGGAAGUGGUCUUUGCUCACAAGAAAAAGGAGGUCCAGUCUACCUGGAAGUUGAUUUACAAUUUAUACCAGAGGAAUGGCAUUGGGGCGCUUUUUUUCAGGUUUAACUCCCAGACUGAUGAAAGUGGCCCCAGCUUGUGCCAUUAUGAUCAGCACAUUUGAGUUCUUCAACACCUACUUCAGACAAAUGAAUUUGGAGUCAGAGGAGAAAAACGGUUAUUGACCGGAGCCCUAAAUCAUCCUGGAGGAUUUAUUGACUGGAAUGCUGAAUCAUACUGGAGGAGUUAUUAACCGGAGCGCUAAAUCAUCCUUGAGGAUUGUUUAGGCUCUAAGUGUGUAGCGACAAUGGGUGUUCGCUCUUGUAGUGCAGCAACGUUCACUGAUUGGUAAACAUUACCAGCAGUUUGACAUAAGUUGCAUGCAUGAGCACUAUUGGAACUUGUUGGCAUACAUAAGUACUGUUAUACAUUGGUUGCAAACAUGAGCUCAGUUUACAUUGGUUGCAUAUGUGAGCACUGUUGGACAAUUGCUGGCCUGCAUGAAUAUAAGGAGGCUCAAAUGUGCCCUUUGCUCACAUGCAAAUUUACAGUGCAACAUUCACAAACGUUAACACUUUCAGUGGCAUAGUAAAUGGUGCUGCUAGUUCAAUUUUCGAAUUAUUAAUUUGUAGGCUCCAACAAAUUCUCAUUGUGUAACAUACUUUUCUAUUGUUACCGAGUGGCCUCUACUAAAAAGAUCUUCAAAGUUAAGUUAAAUAUCAAAUAUUGGCUGUACCAGAAGUGCAUAUUGUGUUUUGGCCAUACUAAGUUUUCUCCCUGGGAUAUCCGUGUGGUAGCAAUUACUGCCAACUUUUUUCUGGUGGCUGAGAGCUGUUCAUAUGGCUGUUGAGGAGAUGCAGCAAAAAUGAUGGGAAAUUGUUGUCAUUCACUUUGGCAAGUUCACUGUGCAACAUUAAGAAACGUGUACAUUUAUAUAUAAGCCAUGGCUGCCAACCGUUUUCUAGUGGUUGGAUUGUUAUACAUAAAUGAAGUGGUUGCAUGGUUGUUAAUAAAUAAAAAAGUUUACUUAUAAAUACAUGUAGAUAGCGAGUUGAGAGACUUGGUGCGGAAAGAAGAGUGUUGUCUUUCAUUUUAUUAUUAUUGCACUAUAUGAUAUGAUCUUGUAUGAAAUAUAUGUGUUGUCAUCAUAUAAUUUGCAUGCAGUUAUAAUAUAACUGGAAAUGUUUUUAGCAUCAUGUAUAUUCUCUGUCUUGGACUUUGAUAUUAAAUAUCAGUUGAUCCAUUUAUCUUAGAUUUCCAUUCAAAAGAAGACUUAAUAAAUGCCUUUUGUCAUACAAGCUUUCAGUAUUGUUUCUGUAGAAUUUUAUUUUUCUGACAUUAAAAUUCGUUAAUGCUUUCAACUUUUUUAAUCUUCUGGAUCUUCUUGACUUUGCAUUUAUUGCAUAAUUUUGUGAUGCUGUUCGAAAGUCUGCUUUUGUAUAUAUUUGUUCCAAGACAUAUUGUGGUAAAGUGCUCUAAAACUUAUUUUGUUUUCAGCAUCCAUUAUUUAUCACUAAUUGAGAAGGGCCCUGGGAAAACCAGGCUUAAUGCAUGUGCCAAAAGCGUUGUCCCACGUAAGCCAGUGCACUUCGCACAAGCUUAUCUUGGACAACACUUUCUAUCUCACAUAUUCUUUUGAUUUUGUUCAGAAGUGACUUCCUUCAUUCGACAAUUUCCAUUACAACAUAAAAUGUGGUCCAUGAUGAACGUGUGCUGACUGCACAGGAUAAUCUGGGGCACCACUUUAAUGUCUUUAUGCUCAUGCAUCAAGCCUGGUUUUCACAGGGACUGGCUUAAUUAAUUAUAUUUUUGCUAGUCAAAAAUUGAAAAUGAUUUCAAUUUCAUUAAUAUGAAUAACAACUGUGCAUAACUUGCUUUUAGCACAAAUGGGCUUGUGCUGUGUAAUACAUGUACUUUCAUCAUAUAAUUCUCAUCAUUGUUUGGUGUUUAGGGCAAAUUGUGUUUUUUGCUUUUUCACCAUGUUUGCUUUGGAAGUUGUAACACAUAAACUUGACCUUUAUAAUUAUAUGAAUACAAUAUUCACCUUUUACAUAUCCUAUAUAAAUAUAUGUUUACUCUAUUGUGUUUUCUCACAUGUUUCUUCACUUGUUUUACAUUCUAUAGACAAAGAAGGAAAGCAAAUGUGGGAUAUUUUUCAACAAUUAUGUGAAAAGCCUUAUGUUUUGAUAUUAGUUCUAAAUAAUUCUGGGAAAUAUAACAUUGAAAUACACAUGUUUUAAUGUUACCUAUCAAAAUCUGUAUGAAUUAAUUGUUUCUGCACACCAAGAAUUUCAUCCUUUUUAGCUCGGCGUUUUUGGAGAAAACCCGAGGUAUUGUCAUAGCCAGCUCGUUGUGUCGUCCGACUUCCAUGUUGUGCUAAAACCUAAACAUUUUGUUAACUUUUUGAACAUUUGCUCUAAAAUCAAAUUGCUUCCACCUACAACUUUGAAACUUCAUAUGUAGAUGCACCUUAAUGAGUUCUACAUGCCACACCCAUUUUUUGGUCACUAGGUCAAAGGUCAAGGUCACUGUGACCUUUAAAAAAAAUAAUCUGAAAAGCUUUAAUUUAUUCAAAACUGCACCAAUAGCCGAGCCUGGCACCCGUUAUGCAAUACUCUUGUUAUAAAUAUAUGAUUGGAAUUAUCAAAAUAAUAAUUUAAUUAUAAUAAACUCUUGUGUAUGUAUCACAUUAACUCUUAUCAUACUGCAGUGCUCCAGCUAGGCCUAAAUGGAAGGGCACCCUGCCCUGCCCCCUGAAGUUCUGCCCUGCCCUUUUGAUGCCCUGCCCUGCCUUUUUAUUAAAAAAAAAAUAGAACUUAAGAAGACAUAUUAUAAUUUAUGAAUCUCUUAAUACCGUAAUUAAUUUAUUUCUCAUUGUAGACAUUGUAUUUGCAUGGUUUAAUAAUAAUGACUAUAAUAUAUUAUAACAAUUAUUAAUAACAUAAAAAUUAAUAUGCAAUAGGGAGCAUUCCUGAUAUGACCAGGCGCUUAAAAGUGCCCUUUUGACAAAAUUCUGCUCGUUGAAAUUGCCCUUUUGACAAAAUAGGCCCCCCCUCCCUUUUUAAAUCCUAGCUGGAGCACUGAUAACUGAUUGUUCAAACAGAGACCGUAAUUAGAGCUGUAACGAUUCGAUUUCGAUACUGAAUGGUCCGAUUCGAUUAUUUUCCAUUUGAUUCAAAUGGAACUAGUUGCUGCUUUUUUUGCAAACUAUUUCAUGUUUGGUUUGUUCAGAGCAUGAAUUAAUAUGUUUGGUAUUUGUUAUUAACCUAUUAUGUUGUACAUUUAAAGUGUUUAUUUUUAUAAAUAAAAUUUACAAAUGCAA